GUUUCUGCUGGUCAUGUGACACGUGCUGCCUCUGUACAACGUCACGGGGUAGUUUUGUUUCUGGCAACUCUGAAGUUUCCUCGACUUAAAAGUAACUUUUUAGACAUUUUUGUUUUUUUAAUAUAGCUCCAACCAUGGCGGACCAGAAGUUUGCUAUCACCAUAUCCGUAGUGACCCUGUUCUGGAUUAUAGUUGGAGGAGUUGUGCCCUGGUUCAUCCCCAAAGGACCAAACAGAGGAGUAAUCGUCACUAUGUUGGUGUUAACUGCUGUCAGCUGCUAUCUCUUCUGGUUGAUAGCGAUUCUGGCCCAGCUGAAUCCACUGUUUGGUCCAACUCUGUCCAACGACACCAUCUGGUACCUGCGUAUUCACUGGCCGUAACUCCAUUUUCUUUUCUUUUUUCCACCAAGACUCGUUAUCAUGCAGUUCCUUUUGUCGUCUGAUGGCCCGGCGCUGCUGCAUUUCAGUGCACGUUUCCCCUGCAACGAUCAUUCCUUCUGAACUUACUAAAAGCUCAGAACCUCUGUGAUUGUUUCUGAAGUGAUGCCUACAUUUGUUCAACAUGAUUUUCUAAAGGAAGAAGAAAUGUCACUUGAUCAUCUGUAUUUGUUGUCUUGUUUGUAUUAUUGUGUACAUUGUGUUUAUUAAUGUUGUUCACGUGGAAGAGAUGUGAUUAGUUUUGUGGUGUGCUUUGCAAAAAUGUUUUCCAUUUGUUAGUGAAUGUAACCAGGACAGUAGAUAAUUAAUAAAUGUAUAUAUUGAA